AUGGCGAACACGUUUCGCGGGGUGACGGUGUCCACCGUCAACAAUGACGGUGCCCUAACGCCGCGGUUCAAUUUUCCUACAAACGUAAACGUGGAUUACGAUCCCCAAGGGCUAAGUGUUAAAGUGAUUCGUGCCGACCCCGUACUAGCUCAAGAAGUGUUAGAAUUUCCCGUCCACAAUCAGAGUGAGUGUUCGCGAGUAGCAGCCCAGUCAUACAUAUUCACGAUCGACAAUGAAACCUUGUUUUUCAAAUUCGCUUCGGACUCUGAUUGUCAGAAUUUCCAUCUGCUGGUCAGCAAAAUUAAAGCGGGACGCUCGUCAAGCGUAUUCACCGUGCGCACGGAGGACUCUUCAGCGUUGCAGUACUUCCAGUUUUACGGUUACCUAAGCCAGCAGCAAAACAUGAUGCAGGACUAUGUCAGGACUAGCACGUACCAGCGUGCCAUUUUGUCAAAUAUCAACGACUUUAAAAACAAGGUUGUGUUGGACGUUGGCGCGGGUUCUGGUAUUUUGUCAUUUUUCGCGGCACAGCUGGUGCGAGGAAGGUGUAUGCAGUCGAAGCUAGUAAUAUGGCGCACCACGCUCAGUCCUUGGUACGAGCUAAUGGGCUGCACGACCGUAUCACCGUGGUUGCUGGCAAAA